AUGAUGAUGACCACCGGCGCGCUGUCAGAAGAUGGCAUUCAUGUCGACAUGAACCACCUCAAGAAGGGCGAGGUCAACCUCGGAACAUCUAUCAUGGCCAUCAACUUCAAAGACGGUGUCAUAUUAGCCGCCGACAGUAGGACGACGACCGGAGCAUACAUCGCAAACCGAGUCACGGACAAACUCACACAAGUCCACGACACCAUCUGGUGCUGCAGAUCCGGUUCGGCAGCCGAUACACAGGCGGUGGCCGACAUUGUCCAAUACCACCUGGGCAUGUACGGCACCACCAACGACGAGCCCCCGACUACACAGACGGCAGCAGCGCUGUUCCAAGAACUUUGCUACUCCAACAAGGACCAACUUUCUGCCGGACUGAUCAUUGCCGGAUGGGACCACCGCCACGGCGGCCAAGUCUAUUCGAUCCCCCUGGGAGGCUCCCUUCACAAGCAAUCAUAUGCGAUUGGCGGUUCAGGAUCAACAUACAUCUACGGUUACUGCGACGCAAACUGGAGGGAGAACAUGAGUGAGGAGGAAGGUAUCAAGUUCGUCAAGGGGGCACUCGCAGAGGCAAUCAAGUGGGACGGCAGCUCUGGAGGUGUCAUCCGCAUGGUUGUACUCACGGGCAAGGGCGCACAGAGGCAUUUGUACCUCCCCGACCAGAACUACGAGGGCCCAGGCAGGCAGUAG